AUGAACCAACACAACAUACACAGUCCUGAGAUAUCUCCCAAGGAAGAAGCGCAACAGAACGCGCGCGCGAAAGCACUGCUCGCCGCCUGCAGCGCCACCAACGCAGCGGGCGACAAAGCAUCGCCGACCGGCGCGCGUCGUCAGCGCUUCCUCAGCUCGAUUCUCGUCGACGACCGACGUCGCCUGCUCUACUGCAUCGUCCCGAAGGCCGGCUCCAGCAACUGGCAGCGCGUAUUCGCGGCGCUGUCCACGGAACCCGUCGGCGACCCGCUAGCGUUCGACGCCUACAACAUUAACAAGCGACACGGCCUGAAACACCUGCGCGCGUACCGACCGUCGGAGGGCCGACGUCGGCUAGAAACCUACUUCAAGUUUAUCUUCGUGCGCGAUCCGUACGAGCGCCUCCUGUCGGCGUUCGCAAGCAUCUUCCUGAAGCCGCUCGCCGACUUCGGCACGCAGCACAAGCUGAUGUUCGCUAAGUAUCGUCGGCACGUCGUCGCCAACUACAGACGCGACGCCGACGCCGACCCUCGCGACCUCAACGUGACCUUCGACGAAUUCGCGCGCUAUCUCACCGACGAGCUCACCCUGGCGGCCGAUCCGUUCUCGGUAUCGUACACGGGCAGUUUGAAUCCGCACUGGGCGCCGAUGUACGAGCUGUGCGACCCGUGUCGCGUGCGAUACGACGUCGUCGGCACGCACCGCACGAUGGCGGCCGACGCCGACUACGUGCUACGGCGCAUGAACGUCGCCCACCUGCUGCGCUACCCGUCGUACGGCGCGAAGCAAAACAUGACGCGGUCUGCGAUGCCAGACUUCUACCGUAGCCUGAGCGCCGACGUCGUGGCGAAGAUACGGCGACUGUACGACGUCGAUUUCAAACUGUUUCGAUUCAACGCGAGCGAAGUAGACGAAUUUGUUUCGUAGGCAUUGCAGACGUUGACAUCGCGGUCGAUUUGUAGAAAUUAAUAUCGUCACCUAUCUCGGCCUUGCGGUGAUUUUUUGUGUCUGCGUUUUUUUUCGACCUGCUUAUCACAAUGGCCGUCUGCUUUACAAGCAAUUAAACUGGCGAUGUGUGGUUAAUGAGUGUAGGUUGCGUUGCUAAUGGUUGUUGCCGUGUGAUACUACACAUGACAUUGCUCUAGGGGUGAUUGUUUUCCGAUGUUUCUGACAUUUCUGAUCGAUUACCUAACAUGUUAAGGCGGGCCUACGUGAUCUGGUCUUCUCGUUGUUUUAGGUUUUCGUGUUGUCUGUCCCCCAGUCGACGUUGGUGCCCUACACCGCUCGUUAU